CCGUGCUCCGGCCAUCUUUGGCCCGCGCGAUGCGCUUCGCCUCCAAAUCUGGCGGGUUGGGCCGCUGCCUGCGGUGCCUCACGGCGUUCGUGGCGGCUGGUCGUUCCCCCGGCCGUGAGGGCGGCGUGGGGCUGCGGCGGAGCCAUCUGCCUCGGCUUGGACGGCCGCGGCGGGCCUGGGCGUCUGCUGUCUUCUGCGACGGAUCUGCCGAUUCCUGCUCUCUCCGGUGAGCUGGACCUCGGGAUGGGUGGGGUGAGUGCGCUGGGCUUCUACGCACGAGGUGUGCGGCGGACUCGGCAUGAUGCAGGUGCAGCUCUCGCUGCCUCUUAGAUCAAGCACUGCUCGCUCUCCCGAUCUGGAGGCUUCGCAUGGUGCGGCGGCCUCUGUUCCGUGGUCAGGCUGCGAGUGCUCUUGCUGGUGUGUUGGUUUGGCUAGUAGGCUGCAGGUUGAGGGUCGUGACACUGCCGGCGUAAAGCCGGGCUCCGGUUUCGGUUGGAGCCAACGACGGCGGUGCCUGUGGGCGCCGUAUCCUUGCUGAAGGCGUCGUGCUGCUGGUGUUCGUCUUCCCUCCUAAAUUGCUCCGGAGGAAACUUUGGAUCUUGGGUCUCCCGGAUCGGGCGAUGGUGGCGCUCAACGUCACACUCCCACUUGGGGCUUCGUCUUUGAGCUUGCCUUGGCUAGGGUGACCAGUGGCUUGAGGUGGUCCCGUUGGCGGUCCGUGUGGGCGUUAGCAGUGGAGAGGUGGUGCUCUGUCUUCGUGAUCUUGGCUCGGCCAUGCCUUUGGCCGCGUUGAGGUGUUUGUGUUGGCGGUUGGAUGGUGGUGGUGCGGCCGGGUUGGGGUCGACGGUGGUUUGAGCUCUUCUUCGGGGGUGUUCUUCUCGUGUUCUUGCUCCUGCACUCCUGAGUGUGUUCUCUGCUAGGUGAUGCCAAGCGACAGCGGCGGUGGCGCACAGGUGCCGUGGCGCUGUCUCGGCCUCGCGUGACCUUUCGAAUGUGCCCCACGGCACAGGUGGUGUCGCGGCGUUGUGCAGUCUCGGAUGCGCGGAGCCUUUCGAUUGCGUCGACGGUGCAGUGUCAUGGUCUUGUUUGCUUGGCGAUGCUGACUUCGCCUAUGGCACAUAGGCGCCGUGGCGUCGUCUCGGCCUCGCGUGACCUUUCGAAUGCACCCCCGGCACAGGUGGUGUUGUGGCGUUGUGCACUCUCGGAUGCGUGAAGCCUUUCGAUUGCGUCGAUGGUGCAGUGUCUUGGCUUGGUCAGCUAGCCAAUGCUGUUCGAUCACAUUGGUGGUGCUUUGUGUUGUGCUGGGAUGUGUCUUCCCUCUUUGUUCUCCCCUGUUUGUAUGUUUGGAGUAUUCUGUUUUUGCUUUAUCUCUUCUUCCGUGCCCCCCCUGUAAUUCUGGUUCAUUUGAACCCAUCUUGCAAAAAGGCUGCAAAGCCUUAUAGGCAAAUGAAUAUAAUUCAGGUGGUGGAGGGGCUCCCCCUCCUCCCCCGGUGAAAAUUCAAAAAAAAAAGGAACACUUGGAGUUGGUCGAAACAGCGAUCAAGAAGAAGAAAGCUGUCGUGCAGACUAUCUGGAGACGCAAAAAUGAAUUUGAUGGUAGCACUGCCAGUAUACAUGGAACAGCUUUUCUAAUUGGAACGGCCAGUUCGGAGAAAACCAAGGGUAGUGCUGGAUUCUACAUGUCCGUGGCACACAAUAUAGCUGGAGACCAGAAGGCAAAUGAAUAUAUCGUUAGAUUGCUAGGUGACGAGACGGAGUACGGUCUCAAGGUACUAUAUAAGCAUGUGCUGCACGACCUACUGCUGAUCAAGAUCGAGAGUGUGCCUCCAUGUGAUGAUGAAGUUUUGAAGUUCUGCAGUGUUCCAUUGAAGACAAAGGAUAAGGUGGUAGCAAUUGGCUAUGAACCUCUAAAUGUGCCGUCAAUUCAUGAUGCUACAGUGAUGUUUGAGCCAUCAAUCAUGACAGGCGUCAUAACGUGUCCUCUGUUUAAGGAUAAAGAGUCACACAAGGACACAAACAAGGCUGCUUGUACAUGUGCAACGGUACAGGGCAAUUCUGGAUGCCCCAUACUACUAGUCAAUGGUGAAGUAGUUGGCGUGCUGACCCAAUUAGAUGGAACUUCACGUGAAAUCAUUACUACCGAGACAAUGAGGAUAUUUUUACUAGAAUAUCUCCAGUUGAAGGACGAUCCUAAGCAUACCAUUGACUCUUUGGUGGAGACGCUGACUGCUAGGCAUAAACCACUAAGAAAAUCUGGGAGGAGGGCAGGCAGGAUCCGCUGACGCUAAGGAAUGCUGUGCCAGAAUGACUGAUCUCAUGAGCCAUUUUUUGUGGAAGUAUACUCCCCGAAUAUCUUCUUCUAUCAUCUCAUGUGUAUGCUAUGAUGAAAACACUAGCGCGCCCGUUUCUUUUGGCAAGAAAAUGGUGCCCUGUUUAUUAGACAUCUAACGAACCUGGUUCA